AUGUGCUCAUUUGAACACACAGGUCUUCCCCAUAAAGUUCAUGGCAAGCGAAAGCGAGGGGAAUCCCGUUUCAAAACCAAGCCUGAUCAAACAGCUGUUCCGGAAGAAGUGAACAUGAAAAAAGUGAACUACCGGUCAAAUCUAACUGGACUGGUCAAACUGUUAAAGGAUACAAAAUUUACAAGUGGCCAAUUGAAGUGCCUUAGAAAAACACCGUUCUGGCCAUUAUUUGAUAGGUUGAUCAGUAACGGAAUCGACCUCAACCACUGCAUGAAAUAUGAUGAUGUGAUUGUACGUAUAGUACAAACAUUCAAGCAAUCUAGUGGAAGGUUUUACAUUGGGGAUAAGAACAUCCAGAUUUUUAGAAGCGACGUAUCACUGAUUUUUGGGGUGGACUGCGGCACCAAGUCGAUGGACCUCUCUUAUGGUGCAAAACCAACAACCGGCAUCAUACACCGAAUGUGCAAGGAUGUUAGUCGGUUAAGUGCUGCCAAAAUACGAGAAAUUCUGAGGGAAGCAUUGAAGGGCACAAAAAAACAUGACAAUGAGGAGGUCGCAAGAUUAGUUUGCAUGUAUGCAUGCGUCAAGCUAUUCUUUUCUACAUCCGGAGAAACAAUUGGAUGGGUUUUCUACUCAUACAUGGACCCAUUACACAAGAUGAUCGAGUAUGAUUGGGCUGAGAGCAUCCGGGCAACCUUGAUGGGUUCAUUGGGCCAAAACUGUGGAAAACCAGGACGAGUCACCGGAUGUGUGAUGUUGUUAAUGUAUUGGCUGUGUGAGCAUACAACAAUCUUACAACCCCGCAACCCCAAUGCCAUUCCACGAUGCAUAAAAUGGGACCUCACAGCCUUACAUAGCAACAUGAAGUCCAUAACUCUGGCUAAGCUAGGUUUAAAUGAGGUAUAUGGCGGCGAGCUAAUGGCAUCACCAACUGAAGCGAAGAUGUAUCGUCAUACAAAAUUGAAUGUGGAGCCAAAACCUGAGAUUUUGUCAAGUGCAGUAGCAAAGAAAGAUGAAAGCAAUGAGGAUCAAAGCAAAGACAGUCAACGCAGUGAUGACAGGGAUGCAUUUUCUGUCGAUGCAGUGGACCUGAAUGAUGUUGGACAUUAUAUCAACCCCAGCUGUAGCACCCCAAAUGCUGAGAAGGGAAUCAUCAUAGCACAACCAACUGAGCCCAACAUUAUAGAAGUACUCAUGAAAGAAAACCAAAAAGCUUGGGCUCUUGUACGGCAAUGGGAAGCGAAAUACAAACAGUUGGAAGAAUCAUGGGAGUUGAGGGCAAGGGUGAUUGCUGCCCUUGAAGCCAAACUAUUUGACCAAUCGGGCUCAUCCAAUGUGGACAUGGACAUGAAGACUUGCAUGGAGUGGAAAGAUACAGAAAUUCAGCGGCUGACAAAGUUGGUCAUCAACUUGGAAUUUAGGGCCAUUUUUUGA